AUGACGCGACCCACGCUGGACAUUGUGCUUAGGAACAACACAACGUCUGACAAGGCAUAUGCGCACAUCACGGGCCUAGACUUGAACAAGGGCAAUGCCGUCUUUAUAAUCCGCGCCGAUGGGCAUUCGGCCUACUACCCAGCCUCUCCCAAGGAUAUCUUGAAGCCGCUGGAAGCAGACUGCAACAUCCCUCUCGGGCCCAGGGGGUCAUCCACCAAAGUCACGAUCCCCCAAAUCGCUGGCGGUCGCAUUUGGUUUUCGCUUGAAGGGCCUCUGACAUUCCUGCUGAACCCAGGACCGGCUGUUGUCGAACCCUCAGCCACAAACCCCACUGAUCCCAACUACAACCUGAACUGGGGGUUCUGCGAGCUCACCUACAACGCUGCGCAGCUGUACGUCAACAUUUCCUACGUUGACUUUGUCAGCCUGCCUAUCGCGCUGCAGCUCGAGACCGAUGACGGCAAGGUCACUACCGUGCCAGGCUUCCCCGCCAACGCCCUCGACGCCGUCUGUGACGCACUCGUUGCGCAGGACACCAACGACCAGGCCGGCUGGUCACGUCUUGUCGUGCGCGCGGCGGAUGGAACGGCAAACCUGCGCGCCCUGAGCCCCAACUCGGCCAUGGUCAUGAACCCAGAUCUCCUCAACACGUACUUCCAGUCCCACGUUGACAGCGUGUGGAAGAAGUAUCGCGACAACGACCUCGUCGUGCACACACAGGCUGAGUGGGGCGACGUCAAGGGGCGCGUAGGUGGCGACGACAAGCUGACCUUUGAGGGCAUCGGCUCCUUCGCCCGCCCGUCCACCCGCGACAUCUUCGGCUGCAGUUCGGGGCCGUUUGCUGGUUACCCCGCCGACAAGGCUGCUGCCAUGGGCAACAUCGGGGCACGCCUGGCGGCUGCUUUGAAUCGAUCGACGUUGCUGUCCAACGGUCGCCAGCCUGAAGGUGAAAAGGUUGAGGCCUAUUAUCAGGAGGCUGAGACGAACCACUAUUCGCGAAUCUGCCACGAGGUGAGCCUCGAGGGGCGGGGUUACGCCUUUCCAUAUGACGAUGUGGGCCCCGCCAAUGGCCAUGAUCAGUCUGGGUGUUUGUUCGACUCGAAUCCCAAGGUCCUCACGGUCACAGUGGGUGGAGCGUAG